AUGGCCAGCCCCACCCAGUCCCAACUGCCCACGCGCAGCAACACGACGGCCACCAACGGCGAGGCCGAUGCCAUCCCCGAUGAGGACACGAGUGAGGUCAUCAAGCUCUUCCAGGAGCGCCUCCAGGCCUGGAAGCACGCGUGCGGUUACCUUGAGGACUACAUCACCGCGACCGAGAAGCUGUCGCACAGCCAUGGCAAGGAAUACGAGAAGGUCUUGAAGACCGUUUCCUCCCCAUUGAGGGAGGCCCAUCAUUUCGAUCAAAACCUUGGGGGUAUUGCGGGAAUGUUCGACAACAUCCGCACCAACACUCAGGGAAUCUCCAACACCCACUACCAGACCGCCAAGACGCUCAAGGGCCAGGUCUUGCCCGUAUUCGAGCGCCUCCAUGCUGAGAUUAAGAACAAGAGCAAGGAGCUGUUGAAGGGCGCCGGAAAGACUGGCAAGGCUGUCGACAAGGCCCGCGCUGUCACCCAGAAGCACAUUGAGGCGCUCGGACAGCACUCAGCUGUCUUUGACUCUCAAAGCGGCAGGUUGACGGCCGACCAAGACCCGUACAUCCUGCAGCGUAGCGUCAGGCACCACCUCAACAAGCAGGUCAUUGAGGAGAACAACAACCGCCAAGACCUGUUGGCUGUCCAGGGCAACUUUGCCCAGUUCGAGGCGCAUGUCAUUGAAGUCAUGCAGCAGGGUCUGGGUCAGUUCACGCAGAUUAUGAAUACGCAGGCCGACCAAACCAAGGCCAUGUACGAUGACAUUGUCGGCACGGCGGCAUGCGUUCCAAAGAACUUUGAGUGGGACGGCUUUAUCCAGCGCAACAGGGAGAUUCUCGUCGACCCGAACGCGCCGCCCCGCAACGUUCUGAACAUUGUGUUCCCGAAUCAGAGCCACCGCGCGACGCAACCCAUGAUUGCCGGAUCGCUAGACCGGAAGGGCAAGAUGCUUCGUCGCUACGACACCGCCUACUACGCCGUUACGCCCUCCAAGUUCCUGCACGAGUUCAAGACGGACGACGACUUCCAGAAGGAGCCUGAGCCCGACAUUUCGCUCUACCUGCCAGACUGCAUCAUCGGCGCUGUCGACGGACAGAAAUUUAACGUCAAGGGCAAAGACGUGUCCAAGGGCAAGGUGGGCAACGCCUUCUCCAUGACGCACGAGUUUGCGUUUAAGGCGCACACGCCGGCCGACGCGCAGAAGUGGCACGAGGUUAUCAAGUCGUGCACCAGCCACGCGACGAGCGAGAUGCCCAUCUCGCCGGCUGAGAGCCGCCAGGCGAGCGGUACGUACACGAACCCGGGCAGCGCGCCCAUGACGCCCGCCGAGGAGAAGCAGCAGCCUGCGCCGCUGCAGACGCAGGGGAUUACGGGUCAGGCAAUGACGGCGGAGCCGGCGGGCUCGACGCCUUUGAGUGCGGCUCCUGCGAGCGGUAUUCCCCAUGCUGGAACGGGCAGUACGACGUCCAGUGGUAUUGGAGGGAAGCCGGGCGAGUAUUAG